UAUCUGACCACGAAGACCCCCUCGACAUAAGAUCGAAUUGAUUUCUCUUUGACCUUCAUCACUAGAUUACGUCCCUCCUUUAGCGAUCCUAUUCCCAACCUUCUCCACUCGUUAGCUACUAUUGCACAAUGCGUUUCGAAACUCUUCUCGCUUUCGCACUUCCCCUUCUCGCCGAUGCGCAAAGAACCAUAUACGUUGAUAAAACAUGCAGCGACAGAACGGACUGGCAGGUCUAUCUCGACGAAGCCUUGAAUAGCGCAAAAUAUGCCUCUGCACGCCUUGGCAACACAGCGGAUACAGACUUCGAGGCUGUGGUCAAGCGCAUUUUCAAAGUUGAUAGGUCCAACGCAGACGGAUUCAAAGCUGUCAAAGAUGUCAUCGAUGAAAUCGCAGGCAUAACCAUGGUGUCUCCAAGUACCGAUCUUAAGGGAUCCAACACUCGAUUCUUCUGCGACGACGAUCCUAUCGGAAAGAAGGGCGUUGAUGCCGACAAGGACGUACGGUGGCAACACCAGAUAAACCCAAAUGGAGGCUAUCUCAACUACUUCGACCAGGUCAACAACAUGAAACAAAGGGAAGCAAGUAGCCCUUCAUGCAACAACCCGUUGAAGCCAAAUAGGGUGGGGAGAACAUAUCGAAUCAAAGCACCUGAGCCCAAGAAACCCACCAGCCCUUUCGCAGGGCACAAUUCGAACCGUAACGUCAUAACACUUUGUAAUACUCUCUUUGAUAUCAAGGGAGUGCCAUUGAAGAUCGCCGACCUUGACAAAGACCUCGAAGGCAGUGCCAUCGAUAUGCUCUCGGAUCUAGUAUCCCAUACCAUACUCCACGAACUUGCUCACGCAGUCCGCGACGACAUAGCGGACGUUCAGCCAGACCCAUACGGGUAUACAGAGAUACUUGCAAAAAAUGCUGAGGAUGCCAUCAAAAAUGCAGAUAACUUUGCUUUCCUCGCUAUCUUCGCCCAGGUCAUGGAGUUGAACUACUCAAUCCCCCGUUUGACGUUCCCGGCUGGCACCAGCGAUGCAGAUAAGGCGGAGGCCGAAGAAGAUUGUCAGAAAGGGUACUUAACGUAUCUCCCAGACAUUACGAAGCGGAUAAUAGCGGCAGCCAAAAUGUUGGCGAGAUUGUUCUGGGCGUAAAUGAGAGGAGUUUAUGUGAAAUCAUGUUCAAUUGUAUAUAUACUUAGACAGAAGUUAAAUAGGGGUGUGCUACAUCGUACUGCGUCUUGUCAUAGAUAUCCGCGCACUUUUCUGCCACC